CAAUAACUCUCUCUCUCUCUCUCUCUCUCUCUCUCUCUCUAAGACAGCACACAAAGAACAGAGUUUCUUUCUUUGAAGACUAACCUAGUUAAGAAAUGGAAAACGUUGGAGUUUGUGAUGAGUUUGUUAACCUAAAGGCAACAGAGCUGAGACUGGGAUUACCAGGAACAGAAGAUGGAGGUGAAGCAGAGAAACAAAAGAUUUCUUGCGGUAGAAGCAACAAAAGAGCCUUGCCUGAAACUGAGAAAGAUAUUGAAUCUACUGGAAAAACAGAAACAGCUUCUCCUCCAAAGGCUCAGAUUGUUGGAUGGCCACCUGUAAGAUCUUACAGGAAGAACAAUAUUCAGACAAAGAAAAAUGAAUCUGAAGGUCAAGGAAUGUAUGUGAAAGUAAGUAUGGAUGGUGCUCCCUAUCUGAGGAAGAUAGAUCUAACGGUGUAUAAGCAAUAUUCAGAAUUGAUGAAAUCACUUGAAAACAUGUUUAAAUUCUCUGUGGGAGAAUAUUUUGAGAGAGAAGGAUAUAAAGGCUCAGACUUUGUGCCUACUUAUGAAGACAAAGAUGGUGAUUGGAUGCUUGUUGGAGAUGUUCCUUGGGAGAUGUUUGUUUCGUCUUGUAAGAGGCUAAGGAUCAUGAAAGGAUCAGAAGCUAAAGGUCUCGGUUGUAGUGUUUAAUAAAAGAAGAUUCAGAAACAGAGUUUUUUUCUGUUUUCUCUGUUUUGUAAGAGCUUUGAAACUGCUUGGGUUUUCGGGGGAAGAUGUGUCUUACGAACAUAACUGUGAAUCUUUUCCUCAUCGGUUAAAAUAUUCACUUUCUUGUGGUGUUCUUGAUUCUGAUGAUAACAAAUGUACCAGAGAGAAGGCUUAAACGGUGUUAAGCAUAAUUGUGAGGAAAUGUCUAAUUUAAACUCUAGUUGUGUAGAUCUAUGUUGUGUGCUAUUGAAAGUUCUAAAUCUGAACAUUGUGUUUUCUUUUUUUUUAUGUAACAGAAACCAUUUUUGUGUUAUGGUUUUCUUUUCUUUUUUUUUGCUAGAUUUGUGUUUAACUUUUUGAAAAAUGCAUUAUCAAACAAAGAUCUCAUAUUAAGAUUA